AAGUUACGCCAGGGACUCGCGAGCGGAGCGAUGGACCUGAAAGAAUAUAGGCCGCUUGAGGAAAGUAGGCGAGAAGACGGCAUUGGAAGGCGCCGGAAGUGGUCUUGCUGAGGCGGGGUGGGAAAGGGGUUGGCCACCCAGUUCACUUGGCUACAGCUGGCCCUCCGGUUAGGGCACGCUUUUGCUCCUCUCCGAGAGCCUGGCCCAGUCUCUCCGCUUCGGUCAAUAUGGAUUUCAGGGAAAUUCUCAUGUUAGCUUCCAAAGGACAAGGAGUCAACAAUGUACCGAAAAGGUAUAGUUUGGCAGUUGGGCCUCCCAAAAAAGACCCCAAAGUUAAGGGUGUCCAAUCAGCAGCUGUACAAGCUUUUCUCAGAAGAAAAGAAGAGGAGCUCAGACAAAAAGCCUUAGAGGAGAAAAGGAGAAAAGAAGAACUAGUGAAAAAGCGAAUUGAACUAAAACAUGACAAGAAAGCAAGAGCUAUGGCCAAAAGGACAAAGGAUAAUUUCCAUGGUUACAAUGGGAUUCCUAUUGAGGAAAAGUCAAAGAAGAGACAGGGAAUGGAAAGCCACACUAGUCAGGGAACAGACCAAGAGUACGAGAUGGAAGAAGAGGAUGAAUUCUUUGAAUACAAUCAGGCAGCAUCAGAGCAGGAGUAUGAGGAAGAGCAAGAACCUCCCAAAGUUGAAAGCAAACCAAAGGUUCCCCUUAAAAGUGCCCCACCACUCAUGAACUUCACUGAUCUCCUCAGGCUGGCUGAGAAAAAGCAGUACGAACCAGUAGAAAUUAAGGUAGUGAAGAAAACAGAACAGCGGCCUAUGACUGCUGAAGAACUUAGGGAGCGAGAAUUUCUUGAACGAAAGCAUAGGAAAAAGAAACCUGAGACAGAUGCAAGACUACCUCCAACCAAAAAAGUACCCUGUCAGAAAGAAAGUGUGGGCACAAAACUUAGCAAAGUUUCUGGGGACAAGCAUUCUUCUAAGGGUACUCCCUUUCCUCACGCUGAGAAGAAAUUCAAACCCAGCAUAGCUAAUGAGAAACACUUAGGUUUGUUUUCAUCCAAAUCUGUGCCAGGAGAGAGGACCAAAGUAGGAUCUGGCAAUUGCUCCCAACCCUCGCUACGUGAGGGCCGUGACAGACCUGUUUUCAAUGGGGCUGGAAAGACCCACUCAAGUACCUAUUCACCAAGUGUCCCAAAGACUUCUGCUAAAGGGACUCAGAAAUCUGCUACUGAGCACAAACCUAAAAAAUCUCCUUCUCACCCUAGCCAUUCCAGGCCUGGGUCCAUGAUCACCUCUCAUAAUAAGGCUAAGUGUCCAGGUGUCAGGCAACCAGGCAGCAGCUCCAGCUCAGCCCCUGGGCGGCCCAGCACAGGGACCGCUCAGCCUACAGUUGGUUCUAGUCCCAUGCCCAGGCGCCAAAAUGGCAGCUCCAGCUCAGGGCCUGAGCGGUUAGUCAGUGGGAGUAAGAGGCCAGCCAGUGACUUAAAUCCUUCUGGACGGACAGUCAGCAGUACCCAUGGCCCUGGACGACCUGCAAGCAGCUCAAGUGGCCCUGGGCGACCCAUCAGUGGCUCAGGUGGUUCUGGGAGAUUAAUUGGCAGCUCUGGUGGCCCUGGGCGGCCUACGAACAGUCCACAUGAUGUUCGACGACCAGUGAGUGGCUCAUGCCCCCUUGGGCGGUCAGUCAGUGGCCCUGGGCGAUCAGUAAGUGGCUCAGUUUCAGCUGGACGGACUGUCAGUAGUUCAGCCCCUGGAAGACCAGUGAGCAGCUUGGGACCUGGGCGAACAGUUAGUACCUCAGGUCCCCCGCUGAAGCCCAAGUGCACUGUUGUCUCUGAAACAAUUUCUUCCAAGAAUAUCAUUAGCCGGUCCAGCAGUGGACAGAUGAAUGGAAUGAAGCCUCCCUUAUCUGGCUACAGGUCUUCCCAAGGUCCUCAAAGGCUUCCCUUCCCUAGUGGUUACAAAAGGCAGCGAGAAUAUGAAGAGGAGGAAGAUGAUGAAUAUGACUCUGAAAUGGAAGAUUUUAUCGAAGAUGAAGGAGAACCUCAGGAAGAAAUAUCUAAGCACAUUCGAGAAAUCUUUGGCUAUGACCGAAAAAAAUACAAAGAUGAAAGUGAUUAUGCCUUACGUUACAUGGAGAGUAGUUGGAAAGAGCAGCAGAAGGAAGAAGCAAAAAGUUUAAGACUAGGUAUGCAAGAGGACUUAGAAGAAAUGAGACGUGAAGAAGAAGAAAUGAAACGUCGAAAGACCAAGAAGCCGAAGAGGCGUUAGCUGAUGUUUUCAUUUAUUUUUGUGAAAUUCUGGAAACACUCUGCUGCCAGGAAGUCCUGCCUUCAGACAGAAAAAGCCCCCCAUUUAUACUUGGGUCCUCAAGGAGAAGGAAUGCAUACUGUGUAUUAUGAGCAUAAAGUAUUUUUAAAUACUUUCCAGGGUGGAAUUUCUAAUGCAGAUGAUACAAUGCCCAGUGGGUGCUCUUAGGAAGCUAACCGUUCACAGGUGCCAGUCUUCAUCCUGAUGAGCUAUGCACUCUAACGUGGGGCUGUUCACCAGUCAGCCAGUCUUUUGUUGUUCCUUUGCUAUUUGAAAAAAGGAAAAAAAUUGCCUCUUGUCUUCCAUGCUUCUGCUGAUGCGUGAGUAGGGCAAUGGCCAGCCCGCAAUCAAACCUAUUUUGUCUUUUUAUGAGGAACCUGGCCCUUCCAUGAAUGUUGCCAGCAAUAAAGUGACCUGUCCUAAUCUAUAUGUUUGUAUGGAGCCCUCGAAAAUGUAGAGUAGGCUUUAUAAUUAUCAUAUGGAUGUCAUCUCUGUGACUUUGAAAAAGUAGAAUAAAUUAUAUUGUAUUCUGCAUUAUUCAUGGAUUGGAUGCUGAGCACUUAUUCACUAAUGUAGAUGACAAGGCAAUUAACAAAAAAUUUUCCAAGUUAAAAUAUAAGAUAUGCCCUUUAGUGUAAGAGUAUUCUUUUCCAAGUUUUCCUUUCAGAUUUACUGUAAAAUAGACAAUGUCACUGUGCUGAUUUUUAUCUAAAAAUUCAUUUUUAUAUUGAAGAAAAAAUAUUUUAUUCAAACAUUAGAGUCGGAAGAGUAGUAGUUUAAAAAGUAAGCAGGUGACAUGUGAAGUUCUCCCUCCUCUCAUCCCUCUCCCCGCUUAUAAAGAUAUUUUGGAAUCCAAGGUGCCCUUGUACCUCUUGAUGUUAAUGACUUUGCAUUUUUUAUCUUAAAAUUCCUUAGCAAUUAAUGGCAAAAACCAAAAACUAAAUUCAUGUGCAUCAAGAGCACCACUUUCUCUUUUUUCCCAUAUUGCACUUUUAUUUCAAACUAUGCACUGUGAAGACAUUUUUUUCACCAGGUGGAAAAGGAUGUUCCCUGUUACUGGUGUUUUACCGAGCUGUGGAACUUCUUUCAUUCUCACCUUUCUUCAAGUCAUAUCUAUAGACUUGCUAUCUCUUAAGCCUCAAGUCCAAGCAAUUCUAAUCAGGCUGAGUUAGGUUCUGGCUGGAAAGAAGCCAAGUUUCGAGGAAAGUCAGCAACAGAAAAUGAGUUAUGAUGGUAGAGAUCAUUUGUCUUUGAUUCUAAAUGUGAGAGUAAGGGACAGUUGGGACAUAAGUUGUAGAACAGUUCUACAAUAAACAUUGUGCUUACCUUAAGCCAGCGGUCCCCAACCUUUUUAGCACCAGGGACUAGUGCUCCUAUGAGAAUCUAAUGUCUGAUCUGAGGUGGAGCUGAGGUGGUGAUGCUAGGGCUGGGGCGCGGCUGCAAAUACAGAUGAAGCUUCACUUGCUGGCCCGCCGCUCAUGUCCUGCUGUGCGGCCGGGUUCCUAACAGGCCACGGACUGGUACCAGUCUGUGGCCCAGGGUUGGGGACCCCUGCCUUAAGCCAUUGGAUGGUGGGGAUUAGGAAGUAGGAAAGGUUGUCCUACAAAGAAUCCUUACUUUUCAACAGGUCUGAAACUUGCUUUUGGGCAUUCCUUUUUAUCCAUAAAGCUUUAUUCAAGUUUGGGUAUUACAGAUUACCAUUAUUAGCCUCCCUUAAUGGGAUGACCAUAUGGCCCAGUCCCUUAAGACUCUAACUCAUAUUGAAUUGAGUUUUAAACUUUGAAAGUGCAAGGAUUUAAUUUUAAAUUUUAAUCCUAUGGUGUCUUCAUCACUAGAGAUGACACUCAUGCGCCAUGUAGAACUGUUAUACUGAUGGCAGAAAAUCCUAUUAACUGCCUCUCAAAUACCUUCAUUGAAAUUGAUUUAAGGGUAGUGUGAUGUUCCAUGUAAUAAAACAGGUUUGGAACAUUAUAACUUUUGCUGUCACUUAUGUGCUUCCCCCCCCUCCACCUUUCAGGUUUUUUUUCUUGUUUUCAAUACAGACUCUUUGAAAUCUAUAAUUACAAUCAAGUGCCACAACUGAAAUAUUGUCACAACUGAAAUAUUUUUUGGUGGCUUAAGUUUACUAGCACUUUAAUCAAUGAUAUUGUGCAGUUAUUUGUACAGAAAGGCACCAUUGUGCUAGACGAAAGUUCCAGAACUUGGUAAGAGUCAUAUUGUGUCCUGAUGUGUCAUUCCCUUCUGAGUGCAUUUCUUGUAUAAUAUAGACAUUGAUUUUAGUAUUCUUCAUUAUAAAAGGGCACUACUGUCGCUCAUUAAAGUUCUGAGUAAGUCUAUCUUGGCCUUGUUUCCCCAUCCUCUUCCAUUUUGUUUCUGCAGUUCCUGAACACUCUUUAAAAAAAGCUCACAAACUUCUAAGAAAUUGGAAUAGGCUGUUAUUUUAUCAAGGUUUACAAAUUAAGUGCUUGAUUUUUCAUGUAUCCUCUACCGUUUUGAUUUUCAGAUUUUAUUGAUUCAAUAUUUGAAGAUGUGCCUUUUAUUAGGUAAUGUUAAUUCACGAAUGUAGUAAUGUUAUUUCACAAUUGUAAUGUUACAUGAUCAUGGGUGUGGCAUUCUCUAACAGAUGAUGUGAAAGGAAAGUAGUUUUCAUAAAACUCAUGGCUCUGAUUGCACAGUCUCACUUGCUUUUGAUGUUGCUAUGUCAACGCAAGGGGCACUUUCUCUUAAGGCUACUUUCAGAACUUGUCUUUGUAUUUUCUCUAAACUGUAAAUGCAAUUAUGUCCAUUUGGAGGCCAGGGUACCACAUGUCACAGGCAGCCUUACAUGUGUGCCGUGAGAAGGUUCAAAGACUGUUAAGAAAGUCUAUGGGAACUCGAAAUUUCAUUUUUUUAAUGUAAUCCCCAAGAUUUUCUCUAAGAAAUAAAUCACUGUUUUGUAUUUUGUAACUUAAAAGCAGCUAUUAGUACAUUUCUGAGAUAUAGCAGGAGACCAAAACAUGUUUGGAAAGAUAAUAAAUAUAUAAAGAGAGACUGUUUGGUUUAUUUUCAAUGUACUGAAUAUAUUAAUAUUAGACUAUUUAUUUUGUGAGUGGACGUGAUGAAAUAAAUAUUAAGGUGUUUAGUGUAUGAUUAAGAGUGGGAUAUAGAUUUCUUUGGAGUUAUUAAAUCCAUCAUGUCUUUUACAUACUGGACAAAUCAAGUUUAAAAAAAACAUUUACAUAGAUUAGCUUGUAAAUCUGGUGCUGUUGACCUGCAAGAGAAUCUACUUUUGCAUAUACAGGUGAAAGUUUUGCAAUUUAUGUAUAAAAAAUUGUAGGCAUUAAAAAUAUUUUAUUGAUA